CACCGCUUCGGUAAACAAGCAAUGGGUCACUCGAUGCUGCACAUGGACCACAGACUUCAAAACUCAGGUCCAGGGAAUAUAGAAGAAGAAGAAGAAAAAGAAGACUUCAAAGGUCUUAAAAACCCUUUUAAAGAAGAAGAGGGGGAAGGAGAAGGAGAAGGUGGUUGAGGCAAACAUGGGUUAUGGGCCAGCGACGUUGACGUGCAAAAAUCUCCAGGAUUACUUGAAAUCUCUGCCUAAGGAUACUUUAGAUGCAUUGUAUAGAAACCCGGCGACGUGUCUGGCAGUUUUUAGGGAGCUGCCAGAAUUAUCACGGCAUUUCAUUAUGCGCCUCCUGUUUGUGACAAAACCAAUCUCCCAGAUAGUCCUAGCAGCAUGGAUCCCUCAUCAAGAACCAAGCAAAGACCUUGGAGACAUAGCAGCAGAGCACAAGCAGAGCACCCAGGUCCUUCUUGACAUGUACAUCUGGCAGGAGGUGAAGGACCAUCAUGGCAAUGCAGCUAUAAAACUCAACAGUACUUUUAGAGAGAACUUGAAGAUUGCUACUCUAGGAGGCGGGAAACCAUGGACCAUGUCAGCUGCCUUAGAUCCAGAUCCACAUCAAAGGGACUUGGAGUUUCUGGACAAAUAUGCCAUGGAUCGGUGGGAGAGCGUGCUCCAGUUCCUUGUCCAGCCAGGGAGAGGAGCAACAGUAAUUUCCAGAGAUGCAAUGAGAACAUUGCUCCAUGCUGGUCUCAUUGAAAGCAGCGAUGAGUCAGAUUCGCCCAACAUGCAGAUCACCAGCUCUGGCUUCCAGUUCCUCCUCCUGGACACAGCAUCACAAGUGUGGUUUUUCAUCCUCAAGUACCUGGAGACAGUCACAGAACGGGGACUCAGCCUUGUGGCUUGUUUGACUUUCCUCUUCAAGCUUUCCUUUUCUACACUUGGAAAGAACAACUCAGUGGAAGCUCGAGAUCUUCUUUCAGUAUCAGAGUCUCUCUUAGAGUUUGGACUUGUAUACUUACGAAAAAGAAGUUCUGGCAGAUUUUACCCUACAAGAUUAGCUCUUAAUAUUACAGCAGGUCAGAAUAAGGGCAAUCUUGAUGUUCCGAAACAGGGUGAUCUUGUCAUUGAAACAAAUUACAGAAUAUAUGCCUAUACUACUUCAGAACUACAAAUUGCACUUCUCUCCAUAUUUUCCGACAUAGAGGGAAGGUUUCCUAACAUGGUCGUAGCUUGCAUAUCGAGAGGAAGUGUGAGAAGAGCUCUGUUGAAGGGUAUCGGUGCUGAACAAAUUAUUAGUUUCCUCAGACAGCACUGUCAUCCUCAGAUGUAUAAACAGAAUCCAGUUGUUCCACGCACAGUUUCAGAUCAGAUUAAACUGUGGGAGAUGGAGAGAGAGAGACUUGAAUUUAGUGAAGGAGUAUUGUACAAAGACUUCAUGUCAGUUCAUGAUUAUCUUUUGCUCUCAAAUUACGCAUCCAGCAAAGGUGUUUUGAUAUACUCGGAUGAAAAACAGAGAACAGUGGUUGUGACAAAGAAAGGACAUCCAGCAAUAAAACAGUUUUGGAAAGAAAAUCAGUCAAAAUAAGUGGAGAGAGAUUAUUAUGGCAAUGUUGAUAUCUGUAGGAAACUAUUUUAUUCUUUUCUUUUCUUUACUUAUGUUUUGCAAUGCCGUUUCUCCAUCUUGUUGUGAGGUUAAACUAAUAUAUGGAAUAUUUUCUUAACUUUUAUAAUGAUUCCUUUUUCUUGGAGAAGGUCAUUGUUUGAUUGUUAAUAUAAUUAGUAAUUAACAAGUGCUUCUUUAAGAAUAUGAAGGACCUCUGCUUCACUGUAGGAAUAUGGAGAAUGUGUAUUGAUAAAAAUAAAGCAAGAAUGCUUACAGAUAAAAACAAAAUAUUAAUAUUUGGUUACACUGCAACUUCAAAUAAAAGUAUGUAUUAUAAA